AUGGGACUCGGCCAGCGGAUCCUGGGCAAAUUCGGUCUCGAACGGCGUGAUGAUAUCCCCGGCAUUCGCACCAUCAACAACGAUGAGCGCCUCAUCUCCUCUCAGGACUCGGGCACUUAUGUCCGUACCGCCCGUCUGGCCGACGGCUCGAUUCUCGGCAGCUUCACCAGAACCGAAGACGGAGACCGCGUGUUGCGCGUCUCCAAGAGCAUCGACGAUGGCCUGACCUUUGAAGACUACGCGGAAGUCACUCGCGGCUCUGGCGAUACCGACAACAUGUUCCUUCUCGAGAUCGCGCCCAAUGUCGUCCUGGCGGCCUUCCGCAACCAUGACAAGAACGCAGACGGCGUCUACACCUACUAUCGCAUCACCGUCUCCCGUUCCGAAGACGGCGGCAAGACCUGGUCGUUUGCGUCGCAGGCGUAUGAAAAGUCUGCUCCCAACGGUCUGUGGGAGCCGUUCAUGCGCUUGGGCAAGGACGGCGAGGUGCAGCUGACCUACUCGGAGGAACUCGCCUCGGACAACCAGUGCACCAUGAUGGUCACCUCGACUGAUCAAGGCUCGUCCUGGACCGCGCCACGCAAUCUCUACGGCGCCGACCAGAAGGUGCGCGAUGGAAUGAACGGCAUCGCCGAGACCAAGGACAAGGGACGCGACGCCCUGGUGAUGGUGUUUGAGACCAACCCGCACAACACGUUCAACAUCGAGGCGUUGAUCUCCUACGAUGACGGCGAGACCUGGUCGGAGCGCCAGGCGAUCUACACUCCCGCUGAAGGCCACAACGCCGGUGCACCCCAGAUUGCCUCUCUGUCGAAUGGUCAGUUGGCCGUGGUGUUCAUGACCGAUGAGGACCUUAGCACCAUCAACUGGCCCACCAGUGCCUCGGUCAAGGCUGUGUUUGCUGGCCCUCCCGUGGACGGGAAGCUGACGUGGACUGAGCCAUCGCUGGCGAGCGAAGCCAUCAGUAGCUGGCCGGGCAUUAUGACGCUGGACGACAACCGGUUCCUGGCUGUGUAUGAUCAUGGGGGGCCUAAGGGAAGGACCAUUUCGUGGUUCUGA